ACGCAGGAAACGAAAGUGUUUUGAGCUGCAGUUCAGAAGGACGACAUGCAAAUAAAAAUCACACACAUCCACACAACGAGGACACAAAGACGCUUCACUGCAGAGACUCUGGUCAGCCGUCUGAGGAUGAGGAUGAAGAGCAUGCCGCUUUAUGUUCCCGUGGUGUUGGCGGUGAUGUCAGCAUUGACCGUCACAGCAAAAACAACUCAAAGAACAACGACAUGGCCAACUACAGGAACACCUGGAAUGAGUUUAGACGGGAAGAUGUUCACUUUGUCUUCUUAUAGAGGAGGAAUAUCCUUCUAUUCACCCUAUUAUACUCCUACAUCUCCCACCUGGCCAACCUUUACCAGCAACCAACCCUGGACCAGCAACCAACCCUGGACCAGCAACCAACCCUGGACCACCAACCAACCCUGGACCAGCAACCAACCCUGGACCACCAACCAACCCUGGACCACACCACCUGCCACUAGAGGUGUGUCUGUGUGUGUGCGUUACAUGGCCGACUACCUUCCCUCACUCUUCACACUCAGUCCAUCCAGCAGAGACCCUCUGACGCUGACAGCCGUUAGUGAUGGGUCGUAUGAACUGAAAUUUGGAAGAUACAGUUCAUACAGCACCUACCUUCGACCUAACUUAAAGUUCUGGUCAAACAUUGGACCGGACAUCUGGACCAGAGUCUGCCUCACUGUGGACUCCAUGAAGAAUGUGGCCCAGGUGUUUAGUGGCUCGGACAUCAGCGUCAGGAAGAUUCUGCCUAUUCAGUAUUACUGGUCAGGUGAGCCUGUGAUAGAUUUUUCAGGUUUUGACGGUCAAUUGACAGACGUCCAGAUUUGGGAUUAUCCUCUCCGCUACAAAGAAGUCUUCAACUACAUGACCAGCGGCGUCUACGCGCCGUACCAUGGCUCCGCCCUCUCCUGGUCCUACAUCAGCUACUCCCCCAGAGGAAAAACACUAUUGGAGGACACCUACGAGUUUAAGGCGAAACAGCCAAUCGGUAGAAGCGGAGGGAGGAAAGGGCAUCGACCAAAGGGAGGGAAGAAGACGUGGGAGUUUUCCAACGUGGGGGAGAGUAAGAGAGAACAGCUUUAAACGAAAACACAACACGUGUACGAAAAAAGCUGUGUCCUCUGUUCUUCAUCUGAUAAUGAAGAAUUCACUAUAAUCAAUCAAGCAACUAUUAAUCAUAAAUGAAAUCCAAACAACUACUAAUUACUGAUUUCUAUUAAAGUACGUGAUGACAUAAUUACGACAAACUCGUCUCAGUAACUAAGUAAAACCCUGUAUGAUUAACAUUUAAAUUUUAACUGACACGUUUGACCUUAUAUUCUCGUUUAACAUGAAUUUGCUUCCUUGAUUUUUCUUUAUGUUAUUAUAAAACAAUAAAUAAAAGGCUGACACAAAAUUGUUAAUGAUUUAACUUUUCUCUACGUCACUCCUCUGCAUUCGAAAUAUGGUAACUCAUGGUUCAGAGGUUUUGGCGAGUGCCAAAAUCCAAGACGGCGACGGCAAAAUCGCAGAACUCAAGGCUUCAAAACAUCAGUCCACAAACCAAUGGGUGACGUCACGACGACUAUGUCCACUUCUCAUAUACAAUCUAUUGUUUCUCCUCUCGCCAAAUCAAUAUUCUCCCAAACUGUAGGGGGCAGUGCAUCAAAAACUCAUGUUCGAAAAUGUUGGAUGUGCACAGACUGGCAUGCAUAGGCGAACAUGUGGAAAUAAAAACAGCAGAGGGGCGUGUCUAACGAAGCAACGUCACUUUCGGCGUGCUGACACUGAUAACCAUUGCGGGUGUGUUAAGCAAUAAAUCAGGCAUUAAGCGGCACAAACUUGUUGUUAAAAAAGCGUGAAUAUCUCUGGCCGUGGUAUCGUUUUUGGCUGAAAUAAAUCUGAAAAAAAGAGAUUUAUCUCAGAAGACAAACAGAGAAACUAGUUGUUGAACAUAUUGGAGCAUUUAGCAGCUGAAGAGACAGCUUUUUGCCUACGCAGUUGGUGGAGACCAAAAAUGGAGCUAAAACAGAGAGAAUAUUGGACUCACGUUCAUCAGGUGGACUCAAAACAUUUUCUACGAAUGAACAAAAAUGUAGCUUCUGUGUGUAAAUUAAACAACUGCUGUAUAGAAGUUCACCAAAUCCACUUAAAAGGUGAU